UUUAAAUUCAAUUUUGCUACUUAAUUGUACUUCUUGAGUUAGCCAAAGACUCUACUUGAGUUUAUUUAGAUAUACAUAAGAGUUGAGUGAAAGUUUUUCAUAUUUCUUUGUGAUUUAUCAUUGAACUUUUGUUCAGUUUCAUCCUGUUUGCUAUAUUGACACUUCCCCACACAUCACCCUCUCACGGUCACACUGAUGUCUCUCAUCCAACCAUCCAUUUUCCCCAAUUGAACCCACUCCUUCUUUUAAACCCUAAAUUCAAUAAUACACAGAAGUUAUCAUUUUACCAUUUUUAGGUGAGUUCCUUUCUCCUCAAUCCAUUUGCACGUUUGUUUUUCUGAUUUCAAUGUGUAUUUUUAAUUGUUCAAAUGUUUUAAACAUGUCUUUAGGUCUGAAUUGAUUUAUACCUUGAAAUCUUUAAGUUAUUAUGGUUGGUUUUGGCGUUUAUGAUGUUAUUAACAUGAAAGAAUCUUGAGUGAAGUUACUGCUACUUAUAUUAUAUGAAUGAUUGCUUGUCAAAAUUGUAAGUGAAUUCAUGAUUUGUUUGAGUUUGGAUUAUGUGAAUUAAUGAAAAUUGCUGAAUUUACAAGUUGUUGCUGCUUUUAUAUUCAAUUGGGGGCUGAUUUGAUUCUCUAUGCUUUGUUUAAACUCAUUAUGACAAUGUUUAGUAGAUAUAGCUUUAUGAUGUGAACUUAUCUUAGUCGAAUGGAACCAUAUAUAUACUUUUGUUGACUAAUUACAAUCAUAGGCUCCCUUAGCAAUGAGGAACUCAUCCUUCUGAAAAGUAGGAAUUAGUAAGGAGAUAACAAGUGAGACGUCUGCAAUGAAGCAAUAACACGAUACAGAUAUCAGAUAUAAUCCAUAUCUGAUACGGAGUUACAUUCGUUUAAAAAAUUUAGAGUACGAUACGUUUAAGAUACAUAUAUAAAAAAUUAAAAUUAAACAUUAGUUCAAUAAUUCUCUAACAAAACCAAUUGAGCUUGCAAAUUUUGAUAGUAAUUAGUAAAGGAAUCAUGAGAAAAAGAAAAGAUAGUUAAAGUUGAAAGAAAAGUAAUUAAAGGAAAAAUUUGAUUCUUAUAACUGAGAAAUAAAAGUGAUGAGGUGAUUAAAGUUGAGAAAAGAAGAAUUAAGGAUGAGGAAGAUUGAUUCGUGUUCUAGAAAUAUGAAUAGUCAUGAGAUUAACUAGUCAUAUCUGCAGCGUAUCAGACAUGUCUGGCUAGUAUAUCGCGACGUGUCUCCACCGCCGUAUCGCGCUGUGUUAAAUUUUUAUAUUUUAAAUAAAAAUUUUGAAUAUUCUUUCGAUACGUAUCAGCAGCGUAUCGGAGCAUAUCAGCAUAUCAGUUUGUAUCGGAUACGAUACGACAUAGAUUUUAGAAUGCCCGUGCUUCAUUGGACUCCUCUUACGGCAUGACAUCUGACCCACCUUACCCAUCAACUAAGUUCUCUCAUGUGACUCUAGUAUGAGAGGCUUAGUAUGUUGUCCCCCGAGGUUCAUUGAGUUUAUCUCACCUGUUAUCCUUAUUGAUUUUAGAUAGAAAAUACAUAUUAGAAACCGAUAAGUAUGUUCGGGAGAUGCUUGAUAUUUGUACAAUUAUGUCGAGAAUAUAUCGGUUCUCACAGCCCGGUCAAAGUCAUAGUUUUAACAAUGUAUAUAUGCGUUUAGUUGGUUUAAAUAUCUAUUUAUCUUGAACUGGUAACUAGAUAGACCAACUUUGUUGGUUUAAAUAUCUAUUUAUCUUGAAAUGGUAACUAGAUACACCAACUUUGAAACUCUUGAUACUCUUGAUAGAGCUUUACAGUAUAUUGUGAUCCCAAUCGAUUCUAAGAAGUAGACUAUGCAGCUUAGUGUAGAGAAUAUCCGGUUCACACUAAAAUAUACACCUACGAAAUUAAAUUCUCUAAAAACAAUAAUAAGGUAAUGUUUAGUAUUUAUAUUCAUCAAAAUCAUAUCAAAUACUAUUUUUACUAUAAGAAUAUUAUGAGCAUACUUAUGCAAGAUUAAAUGUUAGUGUCUCUAAAUAAGAUGCAACACACAGACAAAGAAAGAAAACAAAAAAUAAAGUUUUAGAAAAAUAAAGUCAAUGGUCAACUAGUCUCAUAAUAGGUCUAUGUCCAUUACUAAAUAUGUAAAUGACAUGUUUUCAUGCAUACUUUUUUGUUGAAGCUUUCUAUCCAUUCAUUUCUUUCUCUCUUUUCUUCAUCAAACAAAGACUAGAUCAAUGCUAACCUCUAAGAAUAUUUCUAAAAAAGUGCAAUAAAUAAAUAAAUGGAUAAUAACCAUAGAAACAAAAAUAGAACAGAGUGAAAAACAAAUAGAAAAAAUUAAAAAAGAAAAAACAAAGCGGAUAAUUCUCCAAUGUUGUCUCAUCUUUAAACAUUGUGAAACACAUUGUGUGCCUUUUUGUUUUCUCUGAGUUGGGAAACCAUAACACAAACAACCACAACAAUGGAGAAGAAUCUUGACGAACAUUCCAACAGUUUCCCUCAAGAAGAUAAGGAAAACAAUACCAAUGCCGCCGCCGAUGACACGCCUCGUUCUCCGUUGCUGGAGACUGAGGACAACGUCGUCGGCGGGGACGGAGAAACUGAAAAGGAUGGUGAUGUAGAUAAUGUCGAGGGAGAGGCGGAAGAGGAAAAGGAGGAGGAGAAUGAGGAAGGUGUAACCGUCGAGGAUACACCUGAAACUCCUCCAAACUUGGAGAAACUUUCAGAAGACAUUGAUAAAUUCCUUGCUGCUACACAUGAUAACAAUGACAAUGACGAAGAGAUGAUUCCUGAAUUCAUUGACAAGUUUUUAGAUCUGGUGGAAGAGAAAAUGAUGAGGUACGACUCUAAUCAAACAAAAUGGGGUGAGGAUGUGGAGGAAGAUUCAUUGUUGUUGGAAGGCGUGAACCGUGUUUCAAAGCUGGUGAAGUUGUUAACCACAAUUAUCACAGAGUUUCAAUCUAGAGAAGAAGAGAAAAAAGGAGGUGAAGAAGAAGAUGAAAAAAAAGAAGGAGAUGAAGAACAAGAAGAAAAGGAAGAGAAAAAAGCGAAAAAGGAUCGAUCAAUAUUGUUGAACCGGGUUGGCGUGAUUCAACAACGAGCGAUGUCGUAUUUGGAGGAAGAGUUCCGUUUGUUAAUGGAAGAAUCUAGAAUCCAAAACAAAUCAGAUUCAACACAUGACUCUAAAGGGAAACACGCUGCAGCACCAGAGUCACCAGAAUCAACGGAAACGGUUAUGGAUUUCCCGGGUUUUAAGGAGGAGGCCAUUACAGUUUUGAACAAAAUAGCGCGGGAGAUGUUAUUUGCAGGUUAUGAUUCAGAAUGCUGCCACGUGUACACCGUUUCGAGAAAGCAUGGUUUCGGAGACGGUUUACACAAGCUAGGGUACGAAAGGAUCAGCAUGGAAGAGGUUCAGAGAAUGCAAUGGGAAUCAUUGGAGAGAGAGAUUCCAACGUGGAUCAACACGUUCAAAGAAUGUGCCACCGUGUGGUUUCCCGGAGAACGAAAACUCGCUGCAUCGAUCUUCGCCGAGCAUCCGUCGGUGGCUGACACACUCUACACCAACCUCACGCGCGUCGUGGCGUUUCAGCUUCUCAACUUUGCUGAAAGCGUCGCGAUGACAAAACGUGCGGCAGAGAAGCUCUUCAAGUUUCUUGACAUGUACGAAACCUUGAGAGACACGAUUCCAAAUCUCGACAAACUCUACCCUGAGGAAAUCGUCGAUGAAACCAAAGCUGAAGUGACAUCUGCAAAGAACCGCCUUGGCGAGGCUGCUGUGUUGAUAUUCUGCGAACUUGAAAACUCAAUCAAAUCGGAUACUGGAAAAACUCCGGUCGCAGGCGGCGCUGUUCACCCACUAACUCGCUACAUAGUAAACUACCUGAGACUUGCGUGCGAGUAUAAAGACACAUUGGAAGAAGUUUUCAAAGAACAUUCAAAGAUCGAGCGUUCUGAUUCAACAAGUAGGCCUAAUUACGACAAUCAAAGCCACAACGACAAUCAGAAGCCGAACGAGAAAGAAAACGUGUCCCCGUUUGCAGCACAGUUGACACGUUUAAUGGAAUUACUCGACACGAAUCUCGAAGGAAAAGCAAAACUCUACAAAGAAGUUCCAUUAAGUUGCAUCUUCAUGAUGAACAAUGGAAGGUACAUUGUUCAAAAAAUCAAAGGAUCACCUGAAAUCUACGAAGUAAUGGGCGAAACAUGGUGCCGUAAAAGAUCCACAGAACUGAGAACUUAUCACAAAAACUAUCAAAUAGAAACAUGGAGCAAGAUAUUGAGUUGUUUAAGUCCAAAAGGUUUGAAUGAUAACGGAAAAGUUCAUAAGCCAGUGCUGAAAGAAAGGUUCAAGAGUUUCAAUGCAUUGUUCGAGGAGAUACAUAAAACACAAAGCACUUGGGUUGUGAGCGAUGAACAACUUCAAUCUGAGCUACGAGUUUCAAUAUCAGCACUUGUGAUUCCGGCUUAUAGAUCAUUUCUGGGUAGGUUUUCGCAGUAUUUGGAUCCGGGGAGACAAACCGAGAAAUAUAUUAAGUUUCAAGCUGAGGAUAUAGAGACUUAUAUUGAUGAGUUGUUUGAUGGGAAUCCUCAUCAUCAAGCUAUGGUCAGGAAGAAAGCUUGAGAUUAAUUAAUUUUAAAAACUUUGAUUUGAUAUUAAAUUUUAAAUUAACACCAGGAACUAUACUGAUAUAUCAAACAAGGGAGUGCAUGCAUGUGUAUGUGUAUGUAUGUGCUUUGAAAUUUGUAUUUGUAUGUAUGACAUUUAGGUUAAUUUCUUUUGGUGAUUGUGGUUUUUUGUUAUUAUUAAUUGUAAUUGUAAUUGUUGUAAAAGAAUUUGGGUGGGGGAAUUUUGAUCAUUUGGAUAUUAUAAUUGAUUGAUUUCUGAUGAUGGCCUUUUCUUUGUAUAAGAGAUUAGGUUGAUUAGCUUUUAGGGCAAGUUCCUCUCUUGUAUUCAAUCACUUCUUCACAAUUAUUAUAAACUUUUUUCUUUCAA